AUGGCCGAGUGCCGGAGGCACAGCCUUGAGGAGUUCGAUUCCCACACAAGCCCCGAAUCCUCUGCCAACUAUCCCUUUGCAUCGUUCGAUCAACUUGUAAGUAUAACGAUGCUUUCAACGAUCUCCAGAACUUGUUCCAGAUUUCCCCUUUCAAAUUACACUUUUGGUACGAAGGAUGCGCAAUCAGAAAGGGAUCAUUCGGUACAAGCACGUUUUCAGAGAAUGCGCGAGGAAUAUGAAAAGGUUGGAAUGCGACGCUCCGUGGAUGCCGUUCUUAUCGUGCACGAGCAUUCGCUUCCUCACAUAUUAUUACUUCAAAUUGGAACCACUUUCUUCAAGUUGCCUGGGGGUGAGCUGGAAGUGGGUGAAGAAGAGACCGACGGCAUGAAACGUUUGUUGGAUCUUACCCUAGGCAGAACGGAUGGUGUGAAAAACGAGUGGAAGAUUGAGGAUGAAGUCGGAAACUGGUGGAGGCCAAACUUCGAUCCUCCACGGUAUCCUUAUAUACCAGCUCACGUUACUAAACCAAAAGAGCACACAAAACUGCUACUUGUGCAAAUGCCAGAGAAAGCUAUGUUUGCCGUUCCGAAAAACUACAAACUAGUGGCAGCUCCGCUAUUCGAGUUGUAUGACAAUGCUGCCGCUUAUGGCCCGCUUAUUGCUAGUCUUCCAAUGGCUCUUAGCAGGUUCAACUUUAUCUACAACGGCGUUGUGUAA